GGGAGAGAAGGGUGUGGAAGGCUGUCAGCAUGAGCUUUAUUGAGAUUAGCUGCAUUCACUACAUGUCAUCCAUACUAUUUGAAGAACAUUGUACAGUUAUGAAAUACUACCUGAAUUUGUCCUUCUCCUCCUCCUUUCCCUCGCUCUUACUGUUGUUCAUUCGGAGGGCUGCUUUGCUGUUACAUUUUUCAUUGGUCAAAGUUUACUGAUCAGUUGGCAAGCUCAUAUAAUAUAACAAAACAAGAGACCAAAGAUCAGAAGCAGUGGCUGGGAGUGCACGACACUUGCUAGCAAACACAUUCCGAGGUGAGUAGAGAGUUUUUACAGGCGAUCAAGGAAAGAGAUUCUGUAUUUUUUAGGAAUAAUAUUCUCAGAUGCCUAUGGUCCAUUGAAUUCACACCAAAGCAUGUCUGAAUCAGAAAAAAAAUAUUUCACUCAUAAGGGGAUCUUGUUCAGCCCAGUGGGUGGAAAUUCAGUGGAAAUACUGAAUUAUGUGGAAAAAGAAUUCCAGCUGUUUGAUGACGAUGUUGUGACUGUCACAUAUCCAAAGUCAGGUACCAAUUGGAUGCUGGAGAUCUUGGGUUUGACCCAACAUGGUGGGGAUCCAUCAUGGGUUCGCAGUGCCCCAGUAUGGGAUCGAUUCCCAUGGAUUGAGGUUCAUGACUGCCUUGACAAAGCCAAGACAUCUCCUCCACCCAGGUUCCUCACUUCUCACCUGCCAUUCCAGCUUUUCCCUAAAUCUUUUAUCCACUCCAAGGCCAAGAUUAUCUAUGUCUUGCGUAACCCUAAAGAUGUGCUGGUUUCAAGCUACCACUUUUCCAAGUUUUUUAAAGGAUUCCCGGAUCCUGGGAGUAUGGAAGAAUUCUUGGAAAAAUUCCUGAGUGGGAAUGUUGCAUAUGGUUCCUGGUUUGACCAUGUGAGAGGCUGGAUGGAGUUGAAAGACAGAUCUAACUUCUUCAUGAUCACCUAUGAAGAACUACAGCAGAAUCUACGGGGCAAUGUGGAGAAGCUCUGUCAGAUCCUUGGGAAGAACCUGAACAGCCAACAGAUAAACUCUGUGGUGGAAAAUGCCUCUUUCCAGAAGAUGAAGGAUAACAACAUGUCCAACUUUUCUCAGGCACCAGAUUUCGAUCACAACAAGGGGAAGUUCAUGAGGAAAGGGAUCUCUGGUGACUGGAAGAACCACCUGACGGUGGCACAGAAUGAACACUUUGACCGUGUUUAUCAGGAGAAAAUGCAGGGUAUUUUCUCAACCCCACUAUGGGACUGAAGAAUGCCAGAUGUUCUGUAUGCAAACAGUCUUAUUUCUCCAAGAUUUUGGGCAUCAUUAGAGUAAAUAUAAGAAGCCCAAUGAGAGUUUUAUUGCUGUAGAAUAAUUACUCUAGGAUGUAAAAAAAAAACAAAAGGAGGCACUAUAUUUUGAAUGGCAGAAAAGCCUAAAGAUUAAAUUAAUGCUGCAAUAUAUUUUGAAUGGUAGAAAUGCCUAAAAGGUUAGUACUGUCUCCUCAUUUAUCAGUGAUUUAUCAUAGAUUGAAACCACUGUUGAAAUCCUGAAUCAAAAGAUGGGACGUGAAGAUCUGCACUUUGUCUCCCAUCUCUCCUUCCUCAAAACCCAGCUUUUUCAUUCUGCCCACUCUUCCUUGAUGUGCCAUGUGGCAUCUACUGUACACAUAUGAUGUCUGAUGUCUGAGAAGCAAAUGACAACAUCAUCCUUUAAGAUCAUGCAUAUGUCCAGCAUCACCUUUCACUGAUUUCCAAUCUCUCACUACUUACUCACUCCUGCACCUCUCCAACCCUCCUCUCGUUCUACAAUGAAGCCAGGGCUGGCCAAGAUUUAAGGGCAUGCAGGGGGCCUUGUGAUGUGUAGGGAUAAUGUGACUGCCAUUGUCAGGAGGUAGAGGAGGCUGACUGAGUCAAUCAGAAGGGAGGAGACUUAAAAGGACCCACUAAAGGUCACCCCCUAAAGAGAAAGGCCCCUCUUCUACCCAAGAAGGGAUUCGGGUUUCCAUACAAAAAGCAAUUUCUCAGGCACCUUAUGAUACCCAUAGCCCUGGACUGGGUGCCCACCAGCAGCACCGGGGUGGAGGGGCAGUGGCGCCACAUUUUAGGGUACCACUUGUCAACAAUUUUUUGGAAAGAGGUGGGCACUACCAUGCUGGAGCAUAGCAGGAGGAUGUCCGUCUUUGGGUAGAAGACCUGGCACAGCAUGUCAAAUUCAUCCUGCGGACAAGAAGGAGGGAAGGAAGGUAAGGAGUGCAUAGUUUACAUGGCCAAGGUUGGAUCAGAACCAACCUUGUCUCACAGACUUUUCAUUAUCUAGCUUACAGUAAUUGAGGGGCUUGAGUUAAUAAAGAAAACCACCUCUUUGGGGCCCAGAAUAGAGGGUACAAACCAAUAUACCGGUACAUUCAUACAUACAUUGACUUUCAUAUAUGUAGAAACGCACCCAAGAUUCUAAGGCAUACCACAUUUUUAGAGACAUUUAUAGGGGGGCCAGGAUCACACCUUAGACUGAGGAAAUAUAUAUAUAUAUAUAUAUAUAUAUAUAUAUAUAUAUAUAUAUAUAUAUAUUAGAGUCUCACUUAUCCAAUGUUCUGUAUUAUCUAACGCAGUCUGCCUUUUAGUAGUCAGUGUUUUUGUAGACAAUGUUUUCAGUACAUUGCAAUGUUUUGGUGCUAAAUUCGUAAAUACAGUAAUUACUACAUAA